ACAUGAGAAAUUCUAUAUGUGGUUGACAUAUCCUUUGUCCAAAAUAUUAUUUAUUCAUAAAAUAAUGUGUUUUCCAAUUAAUUUUGACUUUCUCAAAUUAUUAUUAUUAUUAAUUAAUUUCAAGAAUGAAUAAUCAUAAAACUUUUGAAGAUAGGGUUAUGUCCAUUUGGUCUUUGUGGUAUAGCAUACUACUCAUCACUUUUUUUUUUUUUUUUUUUUUUGUAUAAUUUGUCUCUUUUAAACUCUUUGUUUGUUUGGUUGUCAUGAAGUCACGUGAAUUUCUACUUUGUCCCCCUUUAAAUUUCUCUUUAAAAUAGUUUAUUACAAAUCAAAUUCAAGAAAGAAAAAAAAAAUAAUCAUUUUUUCUCUUUAGUUCUCAUGAAUAUUCCUACUUACACAAAUUCUUCUUCUUCUUCAUUUCCUUUUGAACUUAAUAAUAAUGAAGUUCAAUAUGAUCUAAGUCAAUAUAAUUCCUAUCAAUUUGCUUCAUCAUCUUCAAAUUCAUCAUGUCAAAAUUUCUUCAAUAUAUCAACUACUAAUAUUCAUGAUCAAAGUGGAUAUGAUCAUUUUCAUUCUCAAUUUCAUCAACCACAACACCAACAUGAGGUUGAUAAUUUUGGUUCAAGAUCAAGUGGAUCACAUGAUCAACUAGAGAAGAAGAAUAAGGGACUCAAAUUAACCUUGUGGAAGAAUAAAGGGGUUCAAAAAUUGAAGAAUAAUAAUUUGGAUUAUACAAAUUCCAAAUUGAAAUUAGAAGAUCAAAAUGAUUACAACAACAACAAUAUCAUCCCAAUUAGGGUUUGUUCUGAUUGUAACACUACUAAAACCCCUCUUUGGAGAAGUGGACCUAAAGGCCCUAAGUCGCUUUGUAAUGCAUGUGGAAUUAGACAAAGGAAAGCGAGGAGAGCAGCGGCGGCAGCAGCAACAGCAACAAAUGGGACAAAUGUCAACAGUACUGAAACAUCAUCAACAACAACAACAAUAACAACAACAACGAAGGUAAAAGUACAACAACAGAAAAACAAGACAACAAAAGUGAAUACGAAUCAUGUUGUACCUUUUAAGAAAAGGUGCAAAUUUCUAAGUACUACUACUACCGCUCCUGCUCCUGCUGCUGCUACUGUUACUGCUACUGCACAUUGUACUCUUGUUGGUUCAUCAUCAUCGUCAUCAUCUUACAACAACAACAACAACAACAACAAUAACACGAACCAAAAGCAGAAGCUUUGUUUCGAGGAUUUCUUUGUGAAUCUGAGCAAUAAUUUGGCGAUCCAUCGCGUAUUUCCUCAGGAUGAGAAAGAAGCUGCAAUCUUGUUAAUGGCAUUAUCAAGUGGCCUUGUUCAUGGUUAAUUAUGCAAUUACAAAAUUUUCAUUAUUAGUUAAAGUUAAUUAGAAGGAAUUAGUAGCACCAAAUUAGUUUGUGUGAAAUUGAGCUAGAUUAAUUAAUAUUAGUGAGAGUGUGAGUUGUUAUAAUUUCAAGCUACGAAAAAAUUUAAUUAAGAACUUUAUUAAUAGCUAGGUAUAAUAAUAAGUUUGAAUUUGUGUGAUGAUAGUUUUAGAACAAGGUGAAAACCUAAGAAUAUUUUGGUCACUUGUUCAUCUAUAUUGUCUUGUGUGAUGAUUUUGAAGUUUAUUGAAAGUUUUAAGUUGUCAGAGA